AUGGCCCCGCGACCACUGGGGGGGCCAAAACGCCACCACCCCGGGCUGGAGGAUGGGAACAGAGCUAGCCGAGCACGGUCAGAGCAGGGCUUUGCUCUGCCCUCAGCCUCCAGGAUUAUCCUAGAGGGGGGAUAUCACCUGUGGCCUGGUCUCUGGUUUGUGGGGCUGCAGCCCCCACCCAGCCCAGCUUUGUCUCUGCCAUGGCCUCCCUGCCGCCAACGCUCCUUCUCCUCCUCCCAGGAGUCUUAUCCAGCUGUGCCCCCGAUCUGGUCUGUGGAGUCGGACGAUCCCAACUUGGCAGCUAUCCUGGAGAGGCUGGUGGAAGUCAGGAAAGGAAACACGCUGCUGCUGCAGCACCUGAAGAGAAUAAUCUCUGACCUCUGCAAACUCUACAACCUCCCCCAACACCCAGAUGUUGAAAUGCUGGACCAGCCUCUGCCGGCAGAACAAAGCACACAGGAAGAGGUGUCCUCUGAAGAGGAAGAUGAGGAGAUGCCAGAGGACACUGAGGACUUGGACCACUAUGAGAUGAAAGAGGAGGAGCCGGCAGAUGGGAGGAAGACGGAGGAUGAAGGCAUUGGGAAGGAAAACCUGGCCAUUUUAGAGAAAAUAAAAAAGAACCAGAGGCAAGAUUACUUAAAUGGUGCAGUGUCUGGGUCUGUGCAGGCCACCGACCGGCUAAUGAAGGAGCUCAGGGAUAUUUACCGAUCACCAAGUUUCAAGGGCGGAUACUAUGCAGUUGAACUAGUGAAUGACAGCCUGUACGAUUGGAACGUCAAACUCCUGAAGGUUGACGAGGACAGCGCUUUGCACAGCGAUCUCCAGAUCCUCAAAGAGAAAGAAGGAACAGAUUUCAUCCUCCUCAACUUCUCCUUUAAAGAUAACUUUCCUUUUGAUCCACCGUUCGUAAGGGUUGUGUCCCCGGUGCUGUCAGGGGGGUAUGUUCUGGGUGGCGGUGCCAUCUGCAUGGAGCUGCUCACCAAACAGGGCUGGAGCAGCGCCUACUCCAUCGAGUCGGUGAUCAUGCAGAUCAGCGCGACGCUGGUGAAAGGGAAAGCACGAGUACAAUUCGGAGCCAACAAGAACCAGUACAGCCUGACAAGAGCACAGCAGUCCUACAAGUCCCUGGUUCAGAUCCAUGAGAAGAAUGGCUGGUACACACCACCCAAGGAGGAUGGCUAGUGCAGAUACUGCAGGACCAAUCUGAUUAUCUUCUGGAUGCUCUAUUUGGAUCUUACUGAUGCCUCUUGGCUUUCUCCCAGGAUGUAAUAGCUCUGCCUGUUGCGGGACAAUACUGGCUGUUCAAAACUCUAAAUAAAACUGUUUAAGGAGUUGGACUGACCCAGAACACUUGCUGGGCCCAUGCUAGCAGGCAUUCUUGUUAAAACAAACUCGAGCCUCUUGUAUCGCUGGAAACUUUUGACUCUGCUCCAGUCUAGAGCGUCCUCCUUACCUAUGCUAUGGAUUUAAUUUAUUUUCUUAUUUCAUGUACACUGCUUUUUUUUGUUACAGUGUAUGAUGGAUGUGUAUGGAAAAUGUAUCUUUGGAGAAAAAUUACAGUUUGUUAAUUUGA